UGCAAACAGUUGUUGUGUGGAAUAUUUAAAUUGAUGAUAAAAAAAACAAGUUUGAAAAAUAACGAAUAUUGGUGUUCUGUCAAAUGAAUACAGACAAACAAUUAAGAAAAUAUGAUGCUGACAAAGAAGACCGUUGCUUAUGCUGGCAUCCCUCUGCUAGUUCUUCUAUUGGUGGUCGGCAUUACAUUGGGCAUCGUACUCUCUAACAAUGCUGAUGAAGCAUCGCCAUACCGACAGAAGAUGGUCAUUGAUCACGAUGGAGGCGCUGACGAUGCGUACGCUAUUGCCAUGGCUUUCCAGUACGAAACGUUUUUUUAUGGACCUAACGUAGUAGCUAUAACCACUAGCUACGGUAACGUGAACUUAACUCAAGCGAUAAUCAACAGCGGCAGGAUACUGAGCCUAGUUGAUAGAAAUGAUGUACCAGUUUAUUCAGGUGCUUCUCAGUGCCUUAUACAAGGUAUCGAAAGUGAUUACUACUUUGGGUACGACGGUCUUGGCGACUUCUUAGAAUCCAUGGAACCAGUGCAGGUUGAGAAAGAACAUGCUGCGAUCGCUUUAAUUGAAUUAUCAAAGAAGUAUAAAGGGGAACUUGUCGUCGUGGCUUUAGGACCUCUUACGAAUAUCGCGUUGGCAAUCAGAUUGGAUCCUAUGUUUAUAAGCAGAUUGGCACAUCUGUACGUUGGUGGUGGACAUCUAUUUAGUAAAGAUCAUCCUGGUCCAGAAUUCAAUGCAGAGAUGGAUGUAGAAGCCUAUUAUAUCGUAGCUGAUGGUGCUGUAGCAGACAUAGUGACAUUUGUACCAUUCUCACAAGUUUAUAAAUCGUUAACUAUUACAAAGGAAUGGCGUACCGACGUUUUUGGGUCAAUCCAAACUCCUUUAGUACAGACAUUGACAAGUUUUGAACGCGUUUCGCUACCAUCAUCUGAGUCCUGGACCCUGUUGGACCCCGUGGUCUCCGCUAUAGCACUAGACAACAGCAUUGUCACAGACUUCAAGCUAUCUAAAAACAGUAUUUCAACUUGUGGGGAAAAUCGAGGCGUGAACACCAACUAUUUUAACCACACGGAACCAAACUCCCGCAUAGUGUACAAAGCAGAUUUACAGAAAUACAAAGACUUUCUGUUGACUGUAUUCUCCGCUGAUAUGUCACCUUCAACAGAACAUAGCAGAAAACUCAUCAAUUAAUAUUUAACUACGCGACGAAAUAGAUCAGUCAGAUUGCCUUGAGAUUACGAAAUGUGAAAUAUUAUUGACGUAUUAACAUUGUAGAAUGCUCAUUUAGGCAAAUCGAAAAAUAUCGUGCGAUUUGUAUCACAUUACGGAGGGUGGGAACUCUUAUUUAACAGUGCAAGCUGUCAUACAUUGCCGGCGAUGUUAUUCCUCAUUCCUUUUUUUAACGAUCCCCGCAUUAAGGAUUUUUUUUGAGUCGCGGGAGUUUCACACAACAUUCAAGAUACAUACACAAAGACACUGCGACUCUGGACAAGCAUUAGUGGAUCACACAAAUGCUUGUCCUACGCAGGUAUCGAGCUCGCGACACGUCGCGCUCAAUGCGUUUGGUGACCUCAACCACUCGACUGCCCGUGCAGUCAUAAACAUUAUACGGUAGUUCUCGAGCACGAUAGAUUACCUAAUUCUUAAACUUCCUAUAAGUGUGAAGACUUCGAUUUCAGAAGAAAGAGUACUUUUUAAUUCCAUUAGGAGUAAGUGAGACAGAAGA